CUCUGCCAUUACCUUAUCCAGGUUAGUUAAACUUUCGAAUUCAAACUCUUCGGACCGUAACGGGAAGAAAAAUCUAAAUUAAAUUUCAAUCUUUCAAAUACCGACAAAGCAAUACAACAUGUGCAGCUUUCCUUGCUAUCCCUGUUCCGCUCUGUGCCCCUGCGGCGGUAGUGGACCAAGUGGAUUCUACGAUCCGUGCUUCGGACCUUACAACGGACCGUUUAACUCCUGGUGUGGGGCAAGUGGACCAGGAUUUUGGGGAGGUAGAUGUUGCUAGCUUCCGUCGUGGGUUGACUGCCUAUCCAGCAGUUUCAGCUAAUGGUUUGCACAAGAAAAUCGUAACGAUCGAACAUCUCUCGCAAAUUUGAAAUGGAAUUGAAAAAAUUGAAUUAAAAUUACCGUCGCAUUCGAAGAGUAGUCCGUUUAUAAAAUAAAUUGCUAAAAAUAUUA